CAUUUCCCAAAAUAGUGUAUAAAAUAAAAAAAAUUCUCAAUCUAGUGUUUCCCCAAAAAUAUUUCCUUCUUCUAGUGUCCACGUAGACUCGGACUUCCCGAACCUAAUUAAACCCCAAAAAAAUGAAAACCACGGCAGAUAAUUAAAAUCAAAAAAUAAAUAAAAUUGCUUCACCUUCUUCGAUCCCGCAAUAACAAAUCAUCUCCUUCAAAAGAAGAGUCAAGCUUUUCUCCUUCAAAGGCAGAGUCAGGCAUAUAUAUCUCUUAUUCUCCUUCAAGUUGAAGAAGCAACAAUCCACCAUUGCGCAUUAAGCCAUCACCACCUUCAAAUGCAAAUUAUAAUUACCAGAAAAUGGAAAACUCAAAUUAUCCAUUCGUUGGGUCAUUUACACGGAUGCUCAACGAUGACCAAUUUUUUAUAAAUCAAAUGAAUAUUGAUUAUGGAACUCAUACCAGUCUUUUGGAUACUUGUACAUCUCCUAUUACCAACCACCUGCAACAAGAACCAAUAGGAUUAGAUGAGCUUCAAUUUGUGUCUUUGAAUCGUAAUAAUGUUGAUAGUGAUGGAGUAGACAGAGAAGGAGAAGAUGCCAAUGAAGAACUACAUAUGGUUGGUGAUGAUAUCAUUGUAGAGGAGGAAGUAGAUGAAGAAGAAAAUGUUGUGGCAUUAGGUGCUACGGUUCAAGAGUUUUCCCGUUUAAGUGAUGUUAAUGAUGAUGAAGUAAACAAAUGGAUUACUUGGAUUUCUAUGGUGUCUUACAAACCAGGUGCUGAAUUUUGUGUCGGACAAGAAUUUUCCAACAAAGGUGCAUUGAAUGAGGCUGUUACUAGCUACUCUAUAAAAAAAAAUCAACGUUUUAUUGUACUUGAGUCUAGACCUCACACAGUCACGUUCAAGUGUGGCCGGAAACCAAUUGGGUGUUCUUGGAAGCUCAGAGGUUCACAGAAGAGUUAUUCUUCUGAUGUGUUUACAAUUGUAUCCUACCAAGGUCCUCAUGAUUCCACAUGCGUCAGCGACAUUCUUCAACUAGAUCAUCGAAACAUGGACUCUAAAUUCAUUAGUUACCAUAUAAGGAAUCUUGUGGAGGCAGAUAUUUCCAUUAAAGUUCGUGUCCUAAUUGAGGUUAUCAAGCAACAAUAUCAUUUCACAAUCUCAUAUAAGAAGGCUUGGCUCGCAAAACAAAAGGCAAUAGCUUAUAUAUUUGGUGAUUGGGAGGAGUCCUUUCAAAUACUCCCGCACUUUAUGCAAGAAAUGAAGAAAGCUAAUCCAGGGACUGUUGUGCACUUUGCUAACCAUCGAACUGCAGAUCCCAAUUUUGAGAUUUUUCAAAGAGUAUUCUGGGCAUUUGGACCCUCAAUACAGGGCUUCCAACAUUGUCGACCCAUUAUCACUAUCGAUGGGACUCACUUGUAUGGAAAAUAUAAGGGGACACUUCUAAUAGCUAUGAGUGUUGAUGCUAACAACCAAAUAUUUCCCCUUGCUUUUGCCAUCGUCGAAGGAGAAAAUGGUGAUAGUUGGCCAUGGUUUAUGGCAUGUAUUAGGAGAUUUGUGACACAACGAACUGGAUUGUGUGUACUUUCAGACCGACAUUUGGGUAUCAUGAAAGCUAUGACUCAAGAUAAUAGUGGUUGGACCGAGCCAUAUGCGUACCAUAGAUUUUGCAUUCGUCACUUGACUUCAAAUGUCAAUACGGAAUUCAAAAACAGAGAGUUGAAAAACAAAGUUGGUUGGACAGCUUUCCAACAUCAAAAGAAGAAAUUUGAUUAUGGUUUGAAUAUGAUAGCGAAAAUGAAUGAGAAGGCUCGUGAAUAUAUAGGAAAGAUUAAUGCUUCAAAGUGGUCACUUUGUCACGAUGGAGGCUAUAGAUAUGGCCUCAAAACAACCAACUUAGCAGAGGUGUUCAACAAUGUACUUAAGGGAGCUCGUUUCUUGCCAAUCACGGCACUUGUGAAGCUUACUUUCUAUCGAGUUAACUCAUAUUUUGUGGAGCGACGUCGAUUGUCAAAGAAAAGGUUGUUAGAUGGUCAUGCAUAUACUAUAAAAGUAACUAAGGACUUGGAUACUAAUACAGAAAAAGCUAUGCACCACAAGGUUGAUAUUUUUCAUCAUGAACAUGGAAUUUAUCAGGUUACAACGGGUCGUGGUGAUAGGGCUGAUAGAAAGGGUGGUCAUUCCCACACUGUCAAUUUCAGCUUGAAGACUUGUACAUGUAACAAACUUCAAAUUUACAAAAUCCCAUGUUCUCACGUGCUUGCUUGUUGUAGAGCAUACAGCCUCUCCCCCUCUCAAUUCAUUGAUCCUUAUUUCACAUCUGGAGAAUAUGUGGGAACUUAUAAUGCUAGAUUUUUUCCCAUUCCUGACAAAGACUAUUGGUCGCCUUACAAUGGACCUAAAGUAGUUGCUGAUACUGAUCAGAAACGCACUAAGGGGCGACCUCCGUCUAAACGGUUACGGAAUGAGAUGGACGAAUCAGUUCGAGGGAAAGUAACAUGUAGUAUAUGUAGACAGAAAGGUCAUAAUAAGAAAACGUGUUCAUUAAGAUCACAUGAUUUGCAUGGAGGUUCAUCAACAUCUACAUCUCGGACAACGUAACCAAACUACAUUUGUCCCUGGUUGUUAAAGAAGAUCAAGGAAAAAGAGGCAACAUCAUCAGUUUUGAUUAUACUUUUGGAAGUGUGAUGAAUUUGGUUACAAGUUAGUAAUACGUUUAUUCUAACUUUUUACCUGCUAACUAGUUGGAGAAAAACCAGCCUAGCCAACUACUGAAUUUUGGGAUCAACAACUAGCUAGGAUGCUUUUUUGUAUUUGUCAGUUGAUAUUUCAAUAUUAUCUUGCUGAUUUUUUUUCAAGUCUAUCAAAUUAUGAAAUCACAGCCUUCUCCUUUUACCUCUUUUAGAGCUAAUAAAGUUUGACAAUGCCUUGAGUA